GUCUGAAAUUCGGUAUCCUACAGCAAUACCACCAUUGACACAAUUCCUUGCUGUGUUACAUUUUUUGGCUACAGCCUCAUAUCAACAUGUUGUGGGAGACCUGGUUGGCAUGUCGCAGGGCCAGUUCAGUAAGGUCCUGCGGCGUGUCUGCCAGGCUUUCCUAAAGCGGGUGAAGCAAUUCAUUGAUAUGCCUUUGGAUGUUGGUGCCCUAGAUGUGGUGAAGCGGCAAUUUGAGGAAGGUGGUAGUCGCUUCCCACAUGUUAUUGGGGUUGUGGAUGGCACACAUGUUGCUAUUCAGCCACCAAGACAUAAUGAAGAAAUUUAUAGAAACAGGAAACUGUUUCAUUCUCUGAAUGUAAUGGUUGUUUGUGGGCCAUCCCUCCAGAUCCUUUCCCUGAAUGCCAAGUUUACUGGAAGUUCACAUGAUGCAUAUGUCAUUAGACAAUCAGGGAUAUGGCAGAGAUUAAGAGCAAGUCAACGAGCAGACAUGUGGUUAUUGGGAGACCGUGGAUAUCCUUGCACCCCCUGGCUCAUGACUCCUUACCGUAAUCCCAGGCCAGGACCACAGAUGGCAUUUAACUCCGCGCUUACUGCCACUAGGCAGCUGGUGGAGCGCACAAUUGGUGUCCUUAAAGGGCGGUUUCGUGUGCUCCACCGCACUGGUGGCGACAUCAUGUAUUCGCCGGAGAUGGCAAGUAAAAUAGUGGUCCUGUGCGCAAUACUACAUAAUAUCGCGGUAAGGAGUAGUGUAGAGCUUCCUCAGGCAGAGGAAUUGCCUGAUGAGGAGCCAGGGGUUGUUCGACACUUCGGUGGUGGGAGUGUUACACGGAGGGGGAGCCAAGUGAGGGCAAGGAUUGUUGCCGAAUAUUUCAGCUGAAUGAUCACACAAACUGUGGACAACAACAACGGCAGACCUCUCCGCCCCCUUCCCCUUCCCAGUCCCCCUCCCCUUCUCACUCCCCCUCCCCUUCUCACUCCCCCUCCCCUUCCCAGUCCCCCUCAUCUUCCCAGUCCCCCUCAUCUUCCCAGUCCCCCUCAUCUUCCCAGUCCCCCUCAGCUUCCCUGGCCCACACCACUUUACACUCCCCUUCUCACCACACCUCUCCAUCUCUUUCUGGGACCCCUUCUCCUCCUUCCCAUACCCCUUCUCCUUCAACUUCUAAAUCACCAUCUCUGCCCCCCUCACCCUCUAUUGGCUUAACUUUCUCUCCGCCCCCCUCGCCCUCUCAAUCAGACCCCCCCUCUGAAAUUCCAGCACCAAUCCAGCCUCCUUCCCCCAUCCAGCCUCCUUCCCCAAUCCCUCCUCCUUCCCCAAUCCCUCCUCC